UGUAACUCUUCAGUUUUCAUUCAUAAGACUUUAUUUACAAACAUUUUUUUCUGGAAGAUUUUGAAUGAAUAUGUAGUGCGUAUUUUUCUGCAUUUACUCCGCUGUUGAAAACAAGAUUGAUAAAUCUAUAUGAACAGACUUAUCUCUAUAAUUAACAAAAAAGGUAUUAUUGUGGCAUUUUCAACGACAGCAUUUUUCUUUCUUUUAUAACAUUGUUUAUUUUGAUAUCUUUCAUAAAUAUUGUCCGGUAUUACCGACACCUUGCGUGGAUAAAAGACGAACAAUCCAAUGUGGUUAUCAAGUGUAAUUUAAGAUUUUAGGUCUUUAAUAUUUCGAUGUGUUAUAAACAACUAUCCCAUGUAAGAACAAAUAUGAUCAAGGCCACUAUCUUUGUGUUGCUCCUGGCAAUUAUUUUCUAUUAUUCUUUGCGAAAAUUGAUACACGAAAGCUUCCUUCAAGAUGGUAAAUCACCAGGAAAUAUUUACAUAAAUCAAAAAAAUAUUCUUCAUGAAAUCAAACUGUACACUGGUCCAGAAAAUACCAAAGCAAUUUCUGAAGAACCCUUAGUUGAUUCCAAGUUUGACGUGCAACCUAUAAUGGAAGGAUCGAAGAAAAACAAACAUUUUUUGCAUCAGAAGAACUCUAUUCAUUUAUCUCUCGUUGUAUGUGGGGAUCGCCUUGAGGAAUCUGUUGUAUUAUUAAAAUCUGCUGUUUUGCUGACAGACCAACCCCUUGUUUUCCAUUUGUUUGUGGAAGACCAUCUCCAGAAGAAUUUUCAGGAUCAACUUGACUUCUGGCCUGAUUCGUUCCGUAAUAAAAUUUUCUACCGAAUAUUUGCAAUUCAAUAUCCAUCUGACCAAAACCAAGAAGAAUGGUGGAAAUUAUUCAAGCCAUGUGCAUCACAACGUCUGUUUAUUCCGCAUAUCUUAAUAGAUGUUGAUUCCUUACUUUACGUUGAUACAGAUGUUCUGUUCUUGAGUCCAGUCACUGCUAUAUGGGAAAUCUUCAGCAAAUUUUCUGAAUCCCACACAACAGGACUAGCACCAGAGCAUGAAGAUGCUGGUACUGGGUGGUACAACAGAUUUGCUCAACAUCCAUUUUUUAAACCUUUAGGUGUCAACUCAGGUGUUAUGUUGAUGAAUUUAACAAGAAUCAGAUGUACAAAAUGGCAAUCGUUAAUCAUAGAAUAUUACAAGACUUACAGAUAUAAAAUUGUUUAUGGAGACCAAGACCUAGUGAAUAUCUAUUUUCAUUUCAAUGCAGAUGAAUUAUAUAUAUUUGACUGUCACUGGAAUUAUCGCCCAGACCACUGUAUGUAUAUGAGUGUAUGUAAAUCAGCAGAAAAAGAAGGAGCUGCUAUUAUACAUGGUUGUCGAAGAGUCAUGCACAAUGAUCAGCAGCCAGCAUUUAGAUCAGUUUAUCGCACAUUUAAAAAACACAGAUUUGGAGCUGAUCUCCAACAUGAGUUACUGCCAAAUUUAAAAAGAGAACUCAGCACUGUCGCAUCAACAAAUUGCGGGAAAGUUGCAUACAUUUUUGUCAAAAGACUACAGGGAGAGGUGCUGAAAAUACUUCAAUGAAAAGACAAAGAAACCAUAUUCUGUUAUUCUUUUAGUAGUUUCCAUAAUUUGACUGCAGCCAAGUUUUGUAUUUGAUCAAAUCAAUCUCAGUACUAUUUUAUGAAAAGUUUAAGUUGCCAUUUUUGGCACAAACGAAUGUAACUCAACACACCAUUUAACAAAUGUAAACAUAAAUAUACAUGAACAUAGGCACACACAAAUACAUAUAUUUAUAUAUAUCUUAUUAUCAUCAAUCGUCAUCUAAUAGUCUACCACCUUCUCUCUCUCUCUUCCUUUACUCUCUUCUCUUUCACUGUCUUACUCUCACCACAACACUUCUAUCACUUCACUAAAAUUCUCUUAUGUCUUUUUCAACUGGAGAUGAGGCAAUUCUCUGAUGCAAGGGAACAGAGAAAGACAAUAUGUGAAGAGGUACCAAAAAGUAACCAGAAACUGCAACAUCUGCAUAAAAAACAUCUCUUGUAUUAGAAAAUAUCUGGAGAGAUGUUGUAACCAAGAUUUCAUGUUACCAUCAAAGCCACAGAAUGGAAUUUUGGAAAUUUGAGAACUAAAGAGGCUGUCCUUAAUUAAAGGUUGUUCCAGUCAUAGAUAAGAAUUGUGCAGUGAUAAUUAUCUGAACCUACCAAUCUGUCCAUGUCACAUCACCCUCAUUUCCCCAUAUGUCUGUGCAGAUUAGAGCUAUGCUUAGUCUCCAUUUUGUUUUCAUAAGGGCUUUUAAGCUAAAAUAUUGUAAUAUAAGGUAAAAGUGUAAAUAUUUUUCACUCCUGUAUUUUUAACAUACAUUAUUGUAGCUUUUAAAAUCACUUUGAACUCUAUUUAAUAACCUUUUAAACAAAUAAACUCCCUAAUAUUAAUGUAUAUUUUAAUAGGAAUUAAAAAAAUAUAAUCAA